UUCGGCUCCAUUAUAGUUCCCUGUAUUCCAAGCGAACGAUCUGUGACAAACACGUGCGAACAGGUUGGCCAAAAGCGAGGGGAAGGGCCAGAGAGGCAAAGAGAGAGAGAGACAUCCGCCGGGUCUGGGAAGCAGCAAAUCAAAGCAAAAAUUCAAUAUUUUAAACUCACAGCUUUUGCUUUCUUUUGUAUUCGACGAAACAUACAGACUUUGUGUACCUCCCACCGUUAUUUUACCACCCCACCCAACAAUAAAGCCCGGUUCUUUCUUUCUUCUUCUUCUUCUUCUUCUUUGUUUCUUGUUGUUGUGGCCAAUUCGUAAUCACCCACCAGACCAGAUCAGAGGGAGAUCAUUUUGAAUCCAUGGAGCAGCUUGUCAACUUCAUCAUUCGGCCUCCUAGGGCUGAAUACGACCCAAAAAAUGAUUUAUUGGACGAGGAGUUCAUACUCAAGGGGAAAUGGUAUCAGAGGAAGGAUGUGGAGGUUAAAAACAGUCGGGGAGAUGUCCUCAAGUGUAGUCAUUACAUCCCCAUUGUUAGUCCUGAAGGAAAGCCUUUGCCCUGUGUCAUAUAUUGUCAUGGAAACAGUGGGUGCAGGGCUGAUGCAAGUGAAGCGGCCAUUAUUUUGCUGCCCUCAAAUAUUACAGUUUUCGCUCUUGAUUUCUCAGGAUCUGGGCUCUCUGGUGGAGAGCACGUCACAUUGGGGUGGAAUGAAAAGGAUGACUUGAAGACUGUAGUUGAUUAUUUGCGAGCAGAUGGAAAUGUCUCUUUAAUUGGCCUGUGGGGCCGUUCAAUGGGUGCUGUCACUAGUCUCUUGUAUGGAGCUGAGGACCCUUCAAUCGCAGGAGUUGUUCUUGACAGUCCAUUCUCUGAUUUGGUUGAUUUAAUGAUGGAACUUGUGGACACCUACAAAAUUCGUUUACCGAAGUUCACUGUGAAGUUUGCUAUCCAAUACAUGCGAAGAGCUAUCCAGAAAAAGGCAAAAUUUGACAUAAUGAACCUGAACACAAUUAAGGUGGCAAGCUCCUGCUUUGUUCCAGCUUUGUUUGGACAUGCCAUUGAUGACGAUUUUAUACAACCCCAUCAUUCAGAUCGUAUAUUUGAGGCUUAUAUGGGAGAUAAAAAUAUCAUCAAGUUUGAGGGAGAUCACAACUCUCCACGACCUCAGUUCUACUUUGAUUCUAUAAAUAUCUUUUUCCACAAUGUUUUGCAACCCCCAGAGGAUGAGGUUGGGGGUACGUUUUUUGACACCAUGCAUGAUAACUUCGCCAAGGGUAGUUGGAGAACCGUGCGUGAGGUUGAUUAUGACCAUGGAAGUGUAACUACUUCUUCUAAAGAACCAGCAACGAGUGGCAGCACACAGGAUGCCAUUAGCCAACUGCGCUCAAGAAGACCCAUGAGUCGAACAGAUGUUCCUUCUGGUGUAUCAUCUAAAGAUGACGAAUCUCAUUCUAAGGAUGGAAAAGCCGAUCAUGAUCCUUGUCCAUCAUCUUCUGACAUGAUUAGCUUUGAAUUCUCAAAUGGACACCCCCAUGUUCCAGCCCCAAUGGACAAUGAUCAGUAUGUGGAAUACCAACUUGAGGACUUGGCAGGCUUUCCAAGUGAUGUGGAGGAAGAAGAAAGGAUGUUCAUGGAAGCAGUGAUAUUGUCACUAAAAGACUUAGAAAUGAGACACCCAAACCCACAGGAAGAAGAGCAACCGCCAGGGAAUACCCCCGAUUCUUCAAAGAUAUCAGAAAAAGAUGACUAUCAUGAUGCCGUGUCUCCGGUAGAACAGCGAGAACCUGUAGAGACAGCAUCAACUUCCGCAUCAAGUGCACAAUGUGGGUCCUCGAAAACAGAAUCUAUUUCCAGUUCAGCUGUUAAGGUCGAUGAUUCGAGACCUGAGCAGCAAAUUCCUGAUGCAGCUGUACCAUCUAUAAAACCUGCAUCCCAUGCUUCUACGUCCACAAGGGACUUGGGAAGCGCUGGGCCGUCUACUCAAAGGGAUGCACCAGAUAAAAUCCAAAGCUCAUCGGACACCGACAUGUCAGCUAACACAACAGCCACAGUAACGGUCGUAAAAAACCCUGCAAGCCAUGUCAUGGAUGGUUUGAUGCGUCGAUGGGAUUUCAACUUCUUUAGAAACAACCACAGUCGAUAGGAUGAGGGCUUUAUUUUUUCUAUUAUUUUUUUCUUUUUCCGUUUUCAAUUAGACUUCAUUGGUGUAUUGUUUUGUUAAGUUGUAACUAGUGUCAGGGUUCAUGAUUUGUGAAAUGCUCGUCUUGAAAGCAAAAACCAAAAAGAAAAAAGAAAAGAGUAGAAAGGGUGCUGUGAAGGUGAUUUCUUAGUUACACGAUCUCUAUAUUCAGUGUUCAUAUUGGAGAAUGAAUAUAUAUUUUUUAUUUCUCAUGCUCUGGUGUGAGAAAUUAUACUUCAA